CAGCACUGGCACAAGAGUGCAGUUAUUCCUGGAAUGUGUUGAACAUGGCUGCCGGGAUGAAAGCGCAGAAGACAGGACUGUUGGAGCUCCGAACCUCCGUUGAUCGCUGGAUCAAGGUGCUUGCCUGUCUCACCGAGGAGACCCUGACUGUGAGUCCCGGGGACGGCGCGGUGGAGCCGGUCAACCACAGCCCCAGUCCUACCCUCGGUGGGAAGGUGAAUGGAGAGUCCAAUAACCCAAGUUCGAGCUCUCCAGUCCCCGAAUCAAUUACCAACAUCAAGCGCACCGUACGAAUCACCAAGCAAGAUGUUGGAGGACUGGGAAUCAGCAUUAAAGGUGGGAAGGAGAACAAGAUGCCCAUCCUGAUUUCGAAGAUUUUCAAAGGGCUGGCGGCAGACCAGACAGAGGCGCUGUACGUGGGAGACGCCAUCCUCUCUGUGAACAACUCUGACCUGCGGGAGGCCACCCACGAUGAGGCUGUGCAGGCCCUAAAGAAGACGGGCAAGGAGGUCAUCCUGGAAGUGAAGUAUAUCAAGGAGAUGUCCACGUACUUUAAGAACUCCUCCCCCGGUGCUUCGAUCCCCUGGGACUCCCCCCCCUCCUCCCCCCACAGACAGGCGUCGUCGGACUUCCCCUCCCACUCCAUGGUGGAACUCAAAGAGGGGAAGAGCAUCUCGCUGAAAAUGUGCCAUGUAGUGAAGAGACAAUGUCCACCCGACACAGAAAACAGGUAUUUUGAGGUGACCUCCGCUGACAGACACUCCUCUUUGUUCCUCCGAGCGAAAGACCCUGCCAUGGCCCAGUCCUGGUACACUGCCAUCCAAUCAGCUGCUAACACUCUCAUACCCCGAGUGAAAGAGGAACUGAAGUCUCUGCAGGGGGAACCAGGGGGCAAAGAGAUCAAACACCUCGGCUGGCUCAUUGAACAGCCUGCUGGGGGUGCAGAGAAGCCAGUGUUAGCCAUCCUGACAGAGAAGGAUCUGAUCUUCUUCCACAGCUUACCUAAGAGCAGAGAGGCCUUGAGCCGUCCAGACCAGAGCCAUCCGCUUAUAGCAACCAGGCUGGUGCACUCAGGCCCUGGAAAGGGCUCCUCUUUGAUGGACUCCGAGUUCUCGUUCGCCCUGCGCAGCGGUACUCAGCAGGGGGUGGAGACACACGUGUUCCACGUGGAGACGGCCAAGGAGCUGUCAGCUUGGACACGGCUGCUGGUGGACGGCUGCCACAGCGCCUCGGAGCUCAUCCAGGAGGUCACUGCAGCCUGUACCUGGAAGGGGGAAGCCUGCAUCCUGUCAGUGCACAUCGAGAAGGGCUUCACCCUCUUCACGGAGGAGCCAGGCCUCAGCAAGACCCUCCUCUUCCACCAGCCCUUCGAGAAGCUCCGCAUGUCCUCGGAUGACGGCUCUCGAAUCAUCUUCCUGGACUUUGGGGGACCUGAGGGAGAAAUUCAACUGGACCUUCAUUCCUGUCCUAAAACCAUGGUCUUCAUCAUCCACUCGUUCCUGUCUGCAAAGGUGACACGACUGGGCCUGCUUGCAUAGGAGACGCCUCCCAGUCUGUGGAGGACAGACUCAGAGGAAACUCCGGCAAAUCACUCGACUCUUUCAUGCAGUAUUCAGAAGCUUUGGUGCAGAGAUGCUUCUCGGCUGGCAGUAAACCACCAUUCGCCUUUCCAUGCAUUCUCUGGAGUUUCACCAGAGCAGCAUUCACUCUACUGUUACUAUGGAAGGGCCAAGAGCUAGUCUUUGGUUCACAGCAAUAAAAUACUCCCGUUAUUUACUCCUAUAGUUUGAAGGGAUGUUAAUUUUAUAAAACUUGCAACCAAGCAUCUGAGUAGCUUAGUAUAAAGUCUCUAAAAGCUCUGUUUUUUUUUUCUGCCUUUCCCACUUUUCAUUAACAUGUUGUUUUUUGUGCCUUUUAUGAAAUAAGCAGUAAAGGAGUAAAACGAUGUAAAAUGAGUAUAGGCCCCUAAAUGCUGAGGUAUGUCUGUUUUGAUUAAAAGAUACAUUAUAUAUAUAUAUAUAUAUAAUGUAUGUUGGUGCCAAUCAGAAAAAUACUACAGGUAUACUUUUUUUUUUUUUAUUCAGGCAGCAACUGGUGAGUUUGUUGGUGACCUGCUGUAGUUGGGAAUUCAGGGAGAAACCUCAAAACCACUUGUUACAUCAGCUUGAUUCAUUUCACUGUAGGCCUGAGUAAUAUAUCUGCAUAUUGUGGCUAAACCACAUCCACUAUAACAUUUAUAUUUAGCAUUUUCAUUUUACUGUGUCAUUUUUUGGAGCAUCUGGUGGUCACAAAUUGUAACCAUGGCAAUGCAUUUUACUGUACACAUUAUUAUUGAAUGUGGAAUUUUACAGUCAAAGGGACAUACAAUGAAAUGUUAGUUUCUGGAGCAUAUUCAGCUCUUGAGCCAAUACAAGCAUCUUAAAACCAGUACGGCGUCUCCAUUUAGACAAGCCUCUCAUUGCAUACAGUACUGUGCAAAAGUUUUAGGCAGGUGUGAAAAAAUGCUGUAAAGUAAGAAUGCUUUCAAAAAUAGACAUGUUAAUAGUUUAUAUUUAUCAAUUAACAAAAUGCAAAGUGAGUGAACAGAAGAAAAAUCUACAUCAAAUCCAUAUUUGGUGUGACCACCCUUUGCCUUCAAAACAGCAUCAAUUCUUCUAGGUACACUUGCACACAGUUUUUGAAGGAACUCGGCAGGUAGGUUGGCCCAAACAUCUUGGAGAACUAACCACAGUUCUUCUGUGGAUUUAGGCAGCCUCAGUUGCUUCUCUCUCUUCAUGUAAUCCCAGACAGACUCGAUGAUGUUGAGAUCAGGGCUCUGUGGGGGCCAUACCAUCACUUCCAGGACUCCUUGUUCUUCUUUACGCUGAAGAUAGUUCUUAAUGACUUUCGCUGUAUGUUUGGGGUCUUUGUCAUGCUGCAGAAUAAAUUUGGGGCCAAUCAGAUGCCUCCCUGAUGGUAUUGCAUGAUGGAUAAGUAUCUGCCUGUACUUCUCAGCAUUGAGGAGACCAUUAAUUCUGACCAAAUCGCCAACUCCAUUUGCAGAAAUGCAGCCCCAAACUUGUAAGGAACCACCACCAUGCUUCACUGUUGCCUGCAGACACUAAUUCGUGUACCGCUCUCCAGCCCUUCGGCGAACAAACUGCCUUCUGCUACAGCCAAAUAUUUCAAAUUUUGACUCAUCAGUCCAGAGCACCUGCUGCCAUUUUUCUGCACCCCAGUUCCUGUGUUUUCGUGCAUAGUUGAGUCGCUUGGCCUUGUUUCCACGUCGGAGGUAUGGCUUUUUGGCCGCAAGUCUUCCAUGAAGUCCACUUCUGACCAGACUUCUCCGGACAGUAGAUGGGUGUACCAGGGUCCCACUGUUUUCUGCCAAUUCUGAGCUGGUGACACUGCUGGACAUCUUCCGAUUGCGAAGGGAACUAAGCAUGAUGUGUCUUUCAUCUGCUGAAGUAAGUUUCCUUGGCCGACCACUGCGUCUACGGUCCUCAACAUUGCCCAUUUCUUUGUGCUUCAUCAAAAGAGCUUGGACAGCACAUCUGGAAACCCCUGUCUGCCUUGAAAUUUCUGCCUGGGAGAGACCUUGCUGAUGCAGUAUAACUACCUUGUGUCUUGUUGCUGUGCUCAGUCUUGCCAUGGUGUAUGACUUUUGACAGUAAACUGUCUUCAGCAACCUCACCUAGCUGAGUUUGGCUGUUCCUCACCCAGUUUUAUUCCUCCUACACAGCUGUUUCUGUUUCAGUUAAUGAUUGUGUUUCAACCUACAUAUUGAAUUGAUGAUCAUUAGCACCAGUUUGGUAUAAUUGUUUAAUCAAACACCUGACUAUAUGCCUACAAAAUCCCUGACUUUGUGCAAGUGUACCUAGAAGAAUUGAUGCUGUUUUGAAGGCAAAGGGUGGUCACACCAAAUAUGGAUUUGAUGUAGAUUUUUCUUCUGUUCACUCACUUUGCAUUUUGUUAAUUGAUAAAUAUAAACUAUUAACAUGUCUAUUUUUGAAAGCAUUCUUACUUUACAGUAUUUUUUCACACCUGCCUAAAACUUUUGCACAGUAUUGUACAUCUUAUGAUAAACCGUUUCAACGGAAAGUGAAUUGGAUUAUGAUGUGUGUCCUGUCAUGUAAAGCACCUUCAGUGUUGCUGAUGAAUUAGAAACCUCCAACCAGCUAAUACGACAUUUAUCAGCUUUGCAGGGAAGAAUUCUGCUUUCAAGGGCUAUUUUUCAAAUAUUUUUAAAACCACUUAGCUGCUAUUGGUGGAUUAUUGUCUUUUAUAAUAGGUCCUUAAGUGCCUUUUCACUCUAUCUAUUUGUUUGUUGGGUGGGGGACUGUGUUUUAAAAUAAGUAGGCUUCCAUUUAGAUGUACUGUAUUGGUUUUGUUGGCACAAUAGCAUAUUUUCAACAGUAUUUUAAUUCAGAACGAUAUGAUUCUGAAAAUAUCACUUGCCAAAAGAGACGACACGUGGAUUGUAAUACAGUACAUACUUUUAAAUCUGGUACGCAUUGUAGCACGAUGUAAAAUUCCCCGUUAACGACCCAACAGCAAAAUGAAAUCAAAAUGUUACCCAUGCACAGAACUGCGUAGUCAGCACUCACAUAUCCGACCCUAUAAAAUUGUGACUUCAGUGACUGAGUGCACAGAACUGUGUACGUGUAUCUGUAAAGGAUAUCCGAGUGCUGACUGUAUACAGUAUAAAACUUAAAAUACUGGAGAACCGGAUUAAAUGUUUGUAAUUCUAUGUUAUGUAAUUAAAGAUGAAAAGUUGUUGAGGAAGAUGCAAUCACCCCAGGUCUUGUCUUUUUUUGAAGCUGUCUGAAGUUUAAUUAAAAAGCUCAAAAAGCAGGUUGAAAUUUACUUUGUGUUCUGAAGCAUGAAAUAACAGUGAAGAGUGAAAAAGAACCUAAAAGACUGACCACUUACUUCAAAGAAGAAUGAUUUUGAAUUGUAUCGUUAAACGCAGUUCCUAAUGAAAUGCUUGAUUAUGUUCAGUCGUCUUUGUAAAUGGCUAUUAGUUCAAGGCCUCAUUUUGUUCUGUUUGCACCAGAACAAAAUUUCCCCCUGUUCUUUUGCUGCAAGAGAAAAAAAAGUGUCAUGUUUAUUAUACAACCAGCAAAAAACAACUUGGAAUAAAGCUGACAGUUCCUACCUGCAUCUAAAUAGUACUCCUUGUUGGAAAAUAACUGGAGGCAAACUUUGUAUUCAAGCAAACAGACAAUUAGGACCUGUCAUAUUCAGAGAUGUAUCAUUUAACAUUGAUAUGCUGCAAAAAUGUAUUGCCCCUUUUCUAUAUUACAGUGUUGAAACUGGACUACCAACCUCCUUUAGAAUACAAAGGCAUUUCUAUACAGUGUUAAAACAACACAUAUACAUACAUACAUACUUACAUAUAUGUUUAAAAUGUUUUCAUUCACAGAAACAUGAAAUUAUUGUAUAUUCUAAUUUAAAACAAAGUGUGCCUUGCAAGGUUGAUUGUAUAUAAAAGUGUAAUAAACAUUGAUUUGUUAACCUUUA